AUCGCCACUUCCGGGAGAGCGCCGCGCAUGCGCAGACUGGGGACACUUCAGUUCCUUCGGUUGCUUGUUCAGAAGAGAGCAUUGGUCUGUGCUAGGGCGCAAUGACCUAAAAACAAAAAAUAAACCGGAGGCGCGAUGGACGAUGGAACUGCGCAGCGGGAGAUGUCCGAUGUGCUCCGGCUUAAUGUGGGUGGGUGUUUGUUCACUGCAAGACGGGAGUCUCUGUGCCGCUUCAAGGACUCGAUGCUGGCGUCUAUGUUCAGUGGUCGCUUCCCGUUGAAACUUGAUGAAUCUGGUUAUUGCCUGAUUGAUAGAAAUGGGGAGCUGUUUAGAUACAUACUAGACUAUCUGCAUGGAGAAGUGCGGAUCCCCGAGGACGAACAAAUGAGAAUUGCCCUGCAAGAUGAGGCCGAUUACUUUGGAAUUCCGUACCCCUACAAUCUUGCCGAUCACUUGGCGAAUGAAAUGGAGACAUAUUCUUUAAAGGCCAACCUGGAGCUGAAAAAGGUUCUGUUUGAUUUCUGCGACACCUAUGGUGUCAUAUGCACAAAGCCCACUGUCUGGGUGCUGCAUUACCUACACACAAGCGGCUCUAGCUGUGAGAGUAAAGUCAUUGGCGUCUAUGCCACCAAGGAGGAUGGACAUGCAGCUCUGCGCAAGCAGCUGGGAAACAGAAUUAAUCAUAAACACAUGUAUAAGAGGGAAGCUGGCAGCAACAUCCAGUAUAUCCUAAGCUACUACAGUGUGUCUGAGCUGAGAGCCUUGAUGGAUGCUUUUGAGACCUGGGAAGGAAGAGGUUUCAGCUACUGGAGGGUUCCUCAGGAACUAAUUGAGUGUUGGACACUUGAAGAACGCCCGAUACAAGGAGACGAAGAGAAUAUGGUCACAGUGCGGAGAAGGAGAUUGCUGGACUUCACAAAAGAUGACGAGGAAACCAGUGCGACACCGAAGGCCGGGCCAAAGCCCAUCCGAUUUUCUGGCCCAUCUACAAAUACACAUAUACGAAUAAAGAACUCCAUAAAAGGCUCUAUUCAGGAAUCCAAACCAGAAGCUGCAAAGAGUACAACUUUAAAGAGGUCAAGUAGCAGUCAGCCAAGGUCAGAGAAACUGGACUCCAAGUCUAAACGCUUGUCUGCUGACACUCAGGAGAUCAGGCCUUCUGCAGCCCAGAAAUCCAACCUGCACAAUAGUACAGAUGGAAGCCAGUGCAACUCUACAGCCUCAACUUCAGAAACGCCAGCGCCCAAUCGCGUGAUCCGCCUGAAGAGACCGUCUCUGACAUCUGUAUGAGAUGACGUUAUCGGAACCAGUGUCCUCAACAUCUUCUUCAAGAUAACCCACAAUAGUUUUUGUAGUCUGUUUUUAUUAUGGGGAUUAACAUUUUUCGUGGAAGGGUUUACCUUAUGUUAUCUUCUUUUCCUAUAAUAUUUUGUAUUUAUGUAUAAGUGUGUUACAUGCGUGGGUGUACGGUGACUUCUUUAAAACAAAAUAAAAAAAAAUACUCUUUUAGGAGUAGAUUGUAA